GUCAAAAUCAAUGAACGUCAGUUUAAGUCAGUUAACAAUUGUCAUUGUCAAGUUGGCAUUAGGCAGAGAAGCGAAAGGAAGCUAUUAUUUUCUUCGUAUUUAUUGUUUUAUUUGAUUCGCGUAGACAUAGUGUCAUUAUUUAAGUUUUAUCCACUUAUUGUUUGUAUUUCCAACAUAUAAAUGUGUAAUUACAUAAUCAAAAUGCCUUAAACUGGAUAAGAUGCUUCUCGGUGACAUCGAGCUAACCAAACGCUUGUUAGUGAUUGCUGUCGUUCUCGGCAUUAUUUUGGUUUUGAAGGAAUACGUAUUUGUUUAUCCACUAUGACCCAACAUAAAGUAGCAUAUUUUUACAACGCGGACGUGGGGAACUUCCACUAUGGGCCCGGGCACCCUAUGAAACCGCAUCGGUUGUCGGUGACUCAUAGUUUGGUGCUGAAUUAUGGCUUGCAUAAAAAGAUGCAGAUAUACAAGCCGUAUAGAGCGAGCGCCCAUGACAUGUGUCGCUUCCACAGCGAGGAUUAUAUUGAGUUCUUGCAAAAUGUGACCCCACAGAAUAUACAAAGUUAUUCCAAAGACUUACUGCAUUACAAUGUGGGUGACGAUUGUCCUGUGUUUGAAGGACUGUUUGAUUUCUGCUCAAUGUACACGGGGGCUUCACUAGAGGGCGCCAUGAAGCUCAACAAUAAUGCCUGUGACAUUGCCAUCAACUGGUCUGGAGGUCUGCAUCAUGCUAAGAAGUUUGAGCCUUCUGGUUUCUGCUACGUAAAUGACAUAGUAAUAGCAAUACUAGAGUUACUGAAAUACCACCCAAGGGUGUUAUACAUAGACAUUGACGUCCACCAUGGUGAUGGUGUUCAAGAAGCCUUCUACCUAACUGAUAGAGUGAUGACCGUCAGUUUCCAUAAGUACGGGAACUACUUCUUCCCUGGAACUGGGGAUAUGUAUGAAAUUGGAGCUGAAAGUGGAAGGUACUAUUCUGUUAAUGUGCCACUAAAAGAAGGGAUUGAUGAUCAGAGUUAUGUUCAGACAGGUGCCUAUGGCGCCAAGUUUCAAAUGGGCGCUGUGAGACGCCCGUACCCAAAUGUCCACGGAGUGACGGCGGUGUCAAAAAAAUUAGGGGCAUCCAUGAGGUGGUUGGCUAGGGUAUUCAAACCAGUAAUAUCGAACGUGAUGGAGUUCUACCGUCCAACUGCGAUAGUGUUACAAUGCGGUGCAGACUCGCUAGCGGGGGACAGGCUUGGGUGUUUCUCGUUGUCCACGCGGGGGCACGGAGAGUGCGUCAAGUUUGUCAAGAACUUAAAUGUGCCCACUUUAGUAGUGGGAGGGGGAGGUUACACACUAAGGAACGUGGCGCGGUGCUGGACAUAUGAAACCUCACUUCUAGUCGAUGAGAAUAUAUCAAAUGAGUUGCCUUACACGGAGUAUUUAGAAUUUUUCGCGCCGGACUUCCAAUUGCAUCCAGAAAUCAAUAGCACAAAUAAUGCAAACAGUAAACAGUAUUUGGAAGCGAUCUCAAAACACGUGUAUGACAACCUCAAGAUGUGCCAGCACUCACCUGCUGUUCAAAUGACGCAUGUACCAGGAGACUUCUUCCCCGAAGAGUACAGAAUAAAGGAUGAACCUGACCCAGAUGUAAGGAUCAGUCAAGAGGAGGCUGAUAAGAUGGUAGAUGCUAAGAAUGAAUUCUAUGAGGAUGAGAAAGAUAAUGAUAAGGAACCAGUGGUUGAAAACAAGGAUCCAUAGCAUACAAAUGGCCUGACUGACCCGCUGGCCAUAUGACAAGAAAAGGGUUACAGAAGAUACAGAAAAAAGUUUCUGUGAGUGAAGUGUAAAGAGUGAAUGAAUGACAAAGUGAUUUAGUUCAAUUAUUUUGACAGUUCGUGACUGUUUCUUUUUUAAGUUGGUUGUCUAUGGUGUUUUUAACCCUUCCCUUGCAGUUUUUUUUUGUAAUAUUUUGGUGAUUUUUUGGACAUGAACUAUGGAAUUGACAAUGAUUAUUUCUUACUCAAAUGAAAUAAUUUAUUUAUAUGAUAACAGUAUGUAU